CGCACGCGUUACGUAAAGGAAGGCUGGGACUGCAAAGAAUCAAGAUGGCGGCUAUUUUGUACUCUCGUCUUUGCAUUAGAAACAGUGGCCGACUAGUGUGUUCGCUUGGAAGGCCUGUUCUCGCGUCAUCGACCGUUUCUUGCACUCCAAGGGUUCAAAGUGUGGUUCUGAAAAAGACUGUCCAUUCUUCGGCAAAUCACAAGGCUGAGCUUGAACUGUCCCCUUCUCAGCCAUCCACUCAUUGGAAAGGAGAACGUUAUGUUAGUGUUGCCCUUCUGACUUUGAUUCCUGCAGGAAUCAUUUACCCAUCAGCUGCAGUAGACUGGGCUCUUGCUGUUGUUAUUCCUUUGCACAACCACUGGGGUGUUGGUCAGGUGCUAACAGACUACAUACAUGGCUCAACAAUGCCGAAAGUUUCCAAGGGUAUCUGGUUGGCUGUGUCGAUAUUACAAUUCAUUGGCCUCUGCUAUUUUAAUUAUGCUGAUGUUGGUAUCUGCAAGGCUGUCAGUAUGAUCUGGCACAUGUAGAAAUACCAAGAGUGAUUGUACAUGACCUUCUGUUCUUACAGUUCAUGUUUGUGUUAAAACAGGUAGUUAAAGAAUUAGGAUGAGGAGACAAGAAGUGGUUCUCCAGUUUCUUAAUUAUUGGUCUGUGUGAGAUUGUAAGGGGUGAUGGAUGGUAAAAUCUGACACUCACCCUGAGAACAUGACAAAAUUUAAACUGGUCAGUUUGAGAUGAGAAGAUUUCUGCAAAAUCUGUGCCUGUGCCUGUGCCUGUGCCUGUGAAACCUUUACACCAUUUAGAAAGAGGAUAUGUAGUUUUAAUAACACAACAUUGAUGUACAUUUAAAAUUUCAUCCAUAAUUGUAACAGUAUCAGUGCUUGAUCUAGGAGAGGGUUCUAGGGGUGCUGCUCCCCUUCUCUGCAUAUUAACUAUUUAUUAACUAAGAGUGAGGUCUUGAUGGGAAAAUUUCAAACCUCGGCCUUGCCGUAUUGACCUUGGGUACAGCAAGGCAGAGGUUUGAAUUCUGUUAAGACUGAAUGUUUGAGGUUAAUGAGUUAUCUAUUAUAUGGCUUUUUGCUUUCCUUUUGCAUGCCCAUUAUUGGCCCAUGGCCAUUACGGUUGAAUAGUGCCCUAGAAUUAGCCAAUCAGUGUGCACGUUAUAUCAACUACAAACACAAGUCAUAUAGUAAACCUGAAUUACACAAGGCUUGAAGUUCUGAAAGGUUCCCUUUUUUGAGCACUCUAGGAUUCAUCUCCAAAUAUGUAACUAACUCCUACUCUGAUUACCAAUAAUUGGUUAGUACCAUCUAGUUCUAAACAGAAAUAGUUUGUCAUUAUUUUUCUUGACAUGGAAAGUUGAUCAAAUAGUUUUAAUUAAAAUUACUGUAGUAAUAAAAUUGUUAUUCUGUUGUUACACCAGACUUUCCUUGAGCAGUUACUAACAAAUAAAUGUUUUAAUAUAUGACUGUUA